AUGGGUUCCACAAUCAGAGUAUUUUUCACAAUUUUCUUGUGUCUACUCCUGCAAUCAGAAGCAGCACCGCCUGAAUCACUCCUCAAAGAGCUAUGUACCAACAGCAAGAAUCCCGAUUUUUGCAUGGAAACCUUCAACGCCGAUCCUCGAACAUCCUCGGCAACUGACGUCCUUGGCCUGGCGAAGAUUGGCCUAGACUUAGCCGCAAAGAACGCGCGAGAGACUCGUGAUCACAUGCAAGAGUUGUCGGCAAGCGCAACGACUGAACCCCAGGCCAAGCCAGCUUUGAACCAGUGUGUUGAAUUGUAUAAUUACGUAGCAGCAAUCUUCAGAAACGCAAACGUGGAAGUUGAAAAUGGUGAUUACGAGAAAGCAAACUAUGAUACGCUGACGGCUGCCAAUUAUGUUGGAAAUUGCGAAAAGUCAUUGGCCAAUGCCAAAGCUAAUAUUCAAUCGGUUGCCGAUAAAAUUCAAGUCUCUAAAUAUUUUUGUGAUAUUGCAGAUAGGGUUACAGACAUGCCCUAG